ACGAAGUUGGAAAACCGAGUGCCUUUCAGUCCGAGUGGAGUUUCUACAGCAAUCCCCAUGUCUGACGACAUGUCCUCUCUGGCGGUGCCACCGCCCAAACGUCUGCGGACCCCCCUGUUGGUUCCUCAACGCCACAUGUUUGGACCCGGACCCUCCAACGUUCCGCCGCGCAUCUUGAGGGCCGGAGCCAAUCCCGUCAUUGGACACAUGCAUCCGGAGAUUUGGGAGAUAAUGGCUGACAUCCAGGGCGGAAUACAGUACCUGUUCCAGACUCGGAACCCGGUGACUUUGGUGCUAAGUGGCACGGGCCACACCGCCAUGGAGUGUGCAAUCUUCAACGCCGUGGAGGCUGGCGACAACGUGCUGGUGGCAGUCAAUGGCAUCUGGGGAGAACGGGCAGCGGACAUAGCGGAGAGGAUAGGUGCUCGGGUUAACACCAUUGUUGUGUCGCUUGCUGGAUUCUUUACCAAUGCAGAAAUCGAGGAGGCAUUAAUCAAACACAGGCCUGUGCUGUUUUUCCUGGCGCACGGAGAAUCAUCCACUGGCGUCCUGCACCCAUUGGAUGGCAUUGGACAACUGUGUCAUAAGUACGACUGUUUGUUCCUGGUGGACUCUGUGGCGUCAAUAGGCGGUGUUCCAGUGUACAUGGACCAACAAGGGAUCGACAUCCUGUACACAGCUUCUCAGAAGGUUCUGAACGCCCCACCGGGUAUAGCACCCAUCUCUUUCAGUGAGCUAGCAUGUCGAAAAAUAUUCAACCGCAGAACAAAGCCGGUGUCGUUCUUCUUGGACCUGAGCUUGCUGUCCAACUACUGGGGAUGUGAUGGCAAAGCCACUCGAAUGUACCACCACACAGGCCCUGUCUCUGCUUUUUACUCCCUCAGAGAGAGCCUGGCAAUCCUGGUGGAGGAGGGUCUGGAAAGUUCUUGGAAGAGGCACGCGAAUGUGACUGAAUAUUUCCACAAUGGUUUAGAGCAUAUGGGGCUCAAACUCUUCGUGGAGGAUAAGGCUUUGAGGUUGCCGACGGUGACGACAAUCGUGGCUCCAGAUGGAUACGACUGGAAGGAGAUCAUAGCCUACGUCAUGAAGACGCACAACUUGGAGAUCUCCGGGGGGCUGGGACCCUCCGCCGGCAUGGUACUUCGCGUUGGUCUGAUGGGAUGCAACAGCAACAUUACGAAUGCUGACCUGGUGCUGGCAGCUCUGAGGGAUGCGUUGACGCACUGUCACAAGAGCAAAGUCUGAUUCUCAACAGUAGAUGUAGUCCCUGACAAGUUGACAUGAUUUGUGAGAUCUUGUUAUAAUAGAAAAAUGAAGAAAAUUAAUGUCAUUCUUCUUUACUUGUUAUUGUGUUACCAUUCCUAUUUUCACUCUCUGCCGUGAAGAAAUGGGAGAUUACCAUACAACCUCACUUUGGAAAAAUAAAGACUAGUCAUCAUA